ACGGUGCUGCUGCUUCCUCCAGCUUGCCAUGGUGCAAGCAAUAGGUUUCAUGCAGAAGGCUGUUCAUGGCAAAGUGAGCAGACGUCUCUUCCAGGACAUCGAUGUUUCCUGCUUGUCCUUUUGUAGGAAGAGCCACAGCUACUAUUAUUUAACCAGCAGGCCCAAUUUCAUCUCAGAUACUGGAAGUCCUUCAGCUUCAGGAAAGAGUGGGUGGACUGAAAAUGCUAUUUACAUUGAGCCUGGCAAAAGAAUCAGGUCUUUCUCUUCUCCCACGGCCAGCAGCGACUCUGCUCAUGGCAGCUUGGUUCCUUGUGAUUUACAACAGCGUGGGAGGAGAGCAGAGCCCACAUGUUGGAUAGGCUGGGAGUGCAGGUGGCCAGCCCUGUGCAUGGCUGAAGGGGUGGAUCUGGUACAGCAAAGAUGAGCUGCAAACCAGCCAACCUUUGGUAGCGAUGUGCCCGGAGAAGCUCUGUCUCUGAGGAGCAGGAGGGUGGGCUAUCAUUCCGCUCAGGUUUUCCUGCCUUCCAGAGAAGGACCUAACCACCGUGUGCUCUUGCUUCACAGGAACCCGGAUGGGGAGCAGGACACCUCUGCUUUGAGGUGAUGGCAAAACCAUCUGGGAUCUUCACCUAGUGAUUGAAAAACGUGUUCCAUAGCACUUCAUCUUUAAAGCCUGUGGGAGUUCUUGGCCACUCAGGAGAGCUCUCCUGCGUGGCUGGGAUCCACCAACCAGUUGCUCAGCUGUCUGUACCUCUGGAAUGAGGUGAUGCCUCUUGGCUUCUUCUGUCUUCCCACAGCCACCACAGGCAGUGCCACUCAGAAGGACAGCUGGGGUCCUGCCUGCCUGUGGACAGGAAGUCCUACUUCCCAAAAAGGCUGAGCUCCAGAGGGGUUUGUGCCUUGAAGAAGCAAGGUGCCAGCUCAGCCUGUGCCCAGUGUCUGCUUGUGACUUGCAGUGUUGGGAAUUGCUCCGAGCCUGAUUUCCUGAGAGGCAGCGCUUCGAGGUGGAGUACGUGCUCCUUAAAGCUCAUGGCCUGCUGACAGGCAAUAUUAGUCCUGUUCUCUGCAAGAGAGCAGGAAGCUGAGUGCAAAGAUGUUAAGCGUUGAAGGUCAUGUAAAUUGUGUCCAUCCAGGUGCUCUUUCUCUGGUGUUCAUGCUGUUUUGUGGCCUGCACUAGUGUUAGGCGUCCAAGUGUGUAGACAAGGCAGUGACAUCUUUAUCUUGUCUAGCUUAGACAAAAACUCCAGGUAUCCCGCUGAUACAAAAUUCUGUUGGCAGAUGUCCUGUAUGUUCUCCCUCCUGCAACAGGGUGGGGAGGGGGGAAGUAAAAGGAAGGCUCUGGUAGAUGAGAUUUAGGGCUCUGGACUUCUGCAAAAAAAUUACAGCUUGGGAACAAAGACUUGUAAAUUGAUGGGUUGGGACUGUGGUGUGCUGAGAAGGGGGUGCUGAAGGCCCUGGGCUGCAAGCAGACCUCUAUGUCUAAUGUUCACGUGGCCCUGCUCAUCUUACCAGUGAUGUAGGGAGAAAAUGAACUGGACCCAAACCACUUAGUGCUUUGCAGAUCAAAACUAGCUUCUCAGAGUCUCCUCUGUGUUUCAUAGAUGAUCUGAACAGGUCUUCCUGCCCUGCUUUCCCACCUGUCCUUUCAGAAACCAGCUGCUGAAUUCAGGAUCAGCUCCAGCCCCUGACUGCAGGCACAGCCUGGCACUGCAGUGCCUGAUCUGGUGGGCACUCACACCUCCAUGAGCUGUGUGGCACACUGGGGAGGCUCUGCUCCCUUUUUAAAGCUCCUGGGACUCAGGACUCAAUCCAGAUCUGCUCACUGAGGUUUGAACACUAUCGAGGCUCUUUAGGUCUCAGGGUAAACUGCUGAAUUCGUGGAAUGUGAGUUCAGAAUGGGGAUCUUGCUGUAACCACAGAACUGCAGCACAGUAAACUACUGGAAUGUGUAAACUGAAAAGUAGUUUUUACUUACUCUUCUGUCUUGCAGAGCAAAAUGCUGACAGGGUCCCUUUCCUUCUCGUUAGCUGGGUUUUGUGAGAGCAGUGUGGAGACCACGGUGAAAGGAGGCCAGUGGGUGCCAUGGAGCUCCCCAGUUACAGCCAGCAGCUGCUGCCCCAGCUGUAGACCCUGUGCAAGGAGCAGCACUUCUGUGACUGCACCAUCUUUAUUGGGGACGUGCAUUUUAGAGCACACAAGGUGGUUUUGGCUGCUGGCAGCCUGCUGUUUAAACCCCUCUUGGACCGUACAGACAGCAUCUCCAUUGAUGCUUCUGUGGUGGUGCCUGAGGAGUUUGCACUCUUGCUGGAGAUGAUGUACAGUGGCAAACUCCCACUGGGGAAACACAAUUGCACCAAAGUUAUCUCUGUGGCAGAUAGUCUGCAGAUGUCUGAUGUGGCUGUUAGUUGCAAAAGCCUCCUCAGGGACCUCAUAAGCUGUUCUCCUCGGGACCAGGUACACAGAGGAGUCUCCAGCCAGGCAGCAGAUUCAUCUGAAAACAAAGCUGAAGCUAAUAACCUGCCCCAGUCUGGAAAACCCAAAGAAGAAAAAACAGAUAUCCUCCUCACUCAGAGAGUUUUCCCUUUACCUGGCCCUGUAGAAGCAGAAAUGGAAGCAGAUGUUUCUCCUCCUGGCCAGGAACUUACUGUGAAUUGCACCUGGGUUCACGAGGACUUGAUGUCGAAUGUCUCCAGGUCCCUCCAGGAGGAUUCAAGCUCUGGCCCUGACCAGCCUGCCCAUGCUGAGUGAAGUGGCUGUGUGGAAGAGCCUCCAGAGCUUGCUGAGCCUCCAGAGGGGAAAGGGCGAUCGAGGGCUUUGGCAGCAGAGAGCAAAAGCUGUAAACUGGAUUUCUUUCUUCGAUAUGAAAGUGUUUUCUCCGAGGCCCUUUCUGAUGCCCAGGCUGUGCUGAAAAGACUCGACAGAGAAACUGAUGCCUCUCAAAAGGAGGCUCUGGCUGCCUGUCUCACCAAGGCAGGGGAACAGUCACUGUUGAAGUUGCUGAGCAAAGUGGAGCAUGCUCGGCUCAGGGAUACUCACACCCAGGAUAGUGACACCCAGGACACUUGGCCCCUGGACACUCAGACGCUCCUGUCUUUUCUGAAGCUGUUUCAAGACAUGAAUUCCAGGCUGAGAGCAGCUCUGCCGGAGAGGGAACAGGGCACUGGAAAAGCCCCAUGGCAAGGAGAGAACAGAGCUGAGGAGGAGACGCUGACCGCUCGCUUGCUGGGCUGCAGGGAGGAGCUGAUCCAGAGCGUGACACAGCUGAGCCCCAUCGUGGAGUUCUUGGAGGCAGCAGAAGAGGGAUUCCUGACCCCCUUGGAGAAGUGGGUAGUUUUGGAUUGCUGUGAAAGCAGCUCUGAGAGGGAAGCCAUGGACAACCUGCUCAGGAAGGGGGAUGAAGAGAAAACCCUGAAUGUGGAAAGCUUGAUCAAACUUCUGGGGCUUGUGAAAGCAUCAUUCCCUGGGCUCCAGCUUCUGCUGGACAACUUGGUGGCAGCAGCAAACAUCUCUGAUAGCAAAGAUCCUUCUUGGAUUCAUCUGUUUGGCAGUUCUCACUUUUAUUUAUCAACUGAUCAGGUGACAAGGGCUUGGCUCACAGAAGCGGUGAAAGAGCUACUGAGUAUUUCUGCUCAGAAGGAAAGUUCAGAGGCCUCCUUGAAAGCAGCUCUGAGCAGAGCCCAGGAGAAGUGUGUCCUGACCAUGAAGAUCUACCAGGUGCUGUGCAGUGUCCAUGAGUCCUUCCCAGACCUGCAGCCAGUGAUGCAGGAGCUGGGCCAUGUGGGUCUCUUGACUGAGAGAAGUGGGGAGAAACCCGGGAUCAGGAAGUGGAAGGUGAACAGUGAAUCCCAAGUUAAAUCUCUGGACAAAGAUGAGGGCAGGGCAGGAGGAGCUGGUGCCAAAGAAGCAAAGGAAUCCCAAGACAAAGCUUAGUCCAAGAAGAGUUUUGUCUGCAAAGCCUGUGAUAAGACCUUCCACUUCUGCUGCUGCCUGAAAGUGCACAUGAAACGCUGUUGGGUGUCCAGAGGAAAGCAGAUCCAGUGUAAAGAGUGCAGCCAGGUCAAACUGACCAAGAAGGAGCUGGAAAAUCAUCAGCUGGAGGUCCACGGGGUGGUGGGGAUGGCCAAGGAAAAGAAGAAGCGGCUCCCUGUGGCGUGUGACAUCUGUGGAAGAGAGUUUGCUCAUGCCUCAGCAAGGGUUGGGAUGCAGUAGCACAAGCUGACAGAACACUUGGAUGAGAAGCCCUUCUCCUGCCAGGAGUGUGGGGCCGGGUUCGUGGCAAACUCCACGCUGAAGAACCACCUGCAGCUGCACCCAGGGGACAGGCCCUUCCUGAGCAAGCACUGCCUGGUGACCUUCAUGCAGGCCUAGGCCCUUGCCUGCCACAGCAAGAGGGAGCAGGCUGAGGGUGAGCUUCCCCACAGGAGCCCAGCCAUGGGCUCGGCUUGCUCCAUCUACCCCUUUGUGCCCUGUUCCUCCCUUUGCCUCCUGGCUGCUUCUCCAUCCUUUGGGGGCCUCCUGUGCAUUGGGCUACUCCCAGACCUCCCUCACCUGCAUGGGUUUGGCCUGCAGCUUCUCACUUUGCCCUUAUCCAGCUCCUCAGAUUAUUCUGGUUUCCACCUGGAAAGUAAAAUGUCCCUCCCUUUUUUUGACUGUCUCUUAAGUCUUCUUUUCCCUUGGUUUCUUUGCCCUCUGUGGUUUGUACUGUGUUUCUGGGUGGCAGACACUGAAGAUCCCUACAGCUGCAAGAAGUGCCAGAUGAGCUUUGCCACCCUCCAGGAACACUGCAAGCAUGUCCAUGAAGCACCUUCCCAGGAAUACCAGCCCUGCCCUACCUGCUCCAAAACCUGCAGUGCCCCAUCACUCCUGGAGUGCCACAUGGUGACCCACACUGGGGGAAAGCUUGGAAUCUGUGACAAGACUUACCAGGUGAUUCCGACGUCGAAGCAAGGAGCAGCAGAGCACAUCAUCUCUUUUGAUGGCACCCAGCUCGUCGGCUCCCAAGUCUUUUUGAUGUUGCCUGAAUCCCAUGUGAGCCAAAGUGGCUCUGAGCAGAUGGCAGUGACUAAGGAGGACUUGUUUGAUGACAAAGUAACUCUGAUUUGUGAAGAAACCAAGCGGGAGACAGUGGGGGGGGGCCUCCAACUGCCAUUUGGUAUUCCCUGGACUUGUUCAGGAGCUCAGUGUGCUGCUCCAGCUCGGGGAUCCGGGGCUUCUCUGGGAAGGCAAUCCCAGGCAGGCAGCAAGCACAGAGUGACCAGGGACAGGAGAGGUUCAUAGACAUUCAGUGCCUGAGAAGUCUCCCUGCAUUAAGCAGCUGCCAGCUCAGGUGAGCUGGACCACCUGUCUCUCCCAGGUGAGAAAUAAAGUGGAGGAAAAGAAUGGGAAUUGGGUGUGACCCUCUGCUGCUGUGAAGGGAGGGGAGGGGACUAGUGCAGGACAAAACUGGGGGGUAUGGGUAUGGGAAGAAAAAAAAAAAAGCUGUCCUGAGAAUUUAGGAUGGAGAUUUUUAUGGCUCAAUCAGUGAUGUAGUCACAGGUAUCUUGUCUGCAGGGUGUGUGAGGGCUGCUUUGUGUCUUCUACUCUCACCUGUACUGAUGUGCAGCUAGAGACCUCCUCCAGCACAGAUCUGACCUUUGGGUCUCUCUUCUCCAGCAGGGACUUCCUGGGAACUGGGCUAAAUGACUUCAGUGCUGUUUAGGUAGCACCUUGUGCAGCACAGCUUCUGAUCCCAUCUGUAUUUUUGCUGUAACUGUCUGUUAGGAAGGAGGGUCCAAGGCAGAUCUGGGGAUCCCCAUCCUCUCUGCAAGCAAACAGCCCCGAGAUGUCCCACCACCCUCUUAAUUCACCAGGAACAUGCUGAAAAAGGAGAAGGAGUUGUGCCUGCAUGCCAGGGUCCCUCAUUACUGGUGACAGUGGCUUGGCACUAAUGAAAGUAUUUGAGUGUGGGAGAGCUGCUGUGACUGCAAGUGGACAUUCCCCUGCCACACAGGGGGCACUGCCUUGUAAAAUGCAUUCUGGUGCCCACUGUAAAGUUUGCUUCUCUGGUGCCAGCAAGAUGCAACAGCUUCAUUGCAGCACACCAGUCCCUUUAAGGCUAAAUUUCAUAAAGCUUUUUUAUCUGCAGCUUCCUAAAAUAUAAUCUGAUAAUUAAUGGUUUGCUGAAUCCAUUAUGAAGUGCAAUUAGAUAGAUGCAGGGUUCCUGUGGCUCUGAGGGGACUGGUAGCAUUUAUCUUCCUUUCCUUCGUGCCAGAAGGUUGAACUCUGCCACUGCAAUAUUUACACAGGGAGCGGCGAUCCCGCCGGAUCUCAGAGCCUGGGACCCCACGGUGAGCAGUGUGCUGUUGUGUCCUGCUGCCCAGAGCCACGGGAGAUGAACAGAUUGGAGUUUUCCAGCAGCAUCUUGUGCUGGCUGCUCACUGCCACCAGGCAGAGAUGGUGGCACAGGAGCGUGCCAAGGUGGCUGUGCCAGUGAGAGAGUUUGUUCCCAUUAUAACUUGGAAGGAACAGGGAGCAGCAGAGCUCCCAGGAGAGGGGCUUGGGGGACCUCAUGACAUUUUGUGUGUGUGUGUAGCAGCAAGCAUAUGACCCUGCUGAAGUGUUGCACAUGUCCUGAAGGGCUCCCACAUAUGGUUUGUCCCCCCAAGCUUUUCAGGGAUGGCGACACGGAGGAAGCAUGAGGUUAAGCUGCCACUGAAUCCAGGAAUGACCAGGAGAUGGUGCUCAAGGCCUUGAGGAUUAGUGCUAGUGGCCAGGUGCCUCUGCACCUUUGUGGAAGCUCCUCUGAGCCUUCCCAGGCCUUCCCCAGCUCCUGGGCUGCCAGCCAUGGAGAGAUCUUGAGCCACUGCCAAGCUGAAGGAGAACUCCAAGCCCUGGACAGGUCACCUCCAAACCCUGGAUAUCACUGCUUAAAGAGCCUGAAGCUGGGUCUUGGCCACUUGUAGAGAGGGUAAAAUGCACUUGUUACUGAGGUGAAGAGAUGCAAAAGCCUGGGAUCCCCCUUGACCAGGAGAGGGGCCAGAGGGGGAGCUGCUGGAGCCCAUCUCAUGUGUGGUGUGCAUGGCACUUGGGAUGAGCAUGGGGAUAAUGACACAACGAGCAACUGAGUCUUGAUAGUUUCAGAGCAGAUGUGUUGGGAGGAAAGUAGUGGAUUUUGUCCCACAGGCUGGUGGAGUUGGAAGCUGUUCCCCCUUUUCUGACUCCGUGGGAGCUGGGAGCUGUGGAAAUCCUGCACGGGUUGUGGGGAGGCUCUGGAGUGGGGAAUGGAUUGUCCAGACAAUGCUUUGCAGGUGUCCUGGCCUUUAUGUGUGAGCCAAUAUCUGCAGGGAGAGCUAAGGUCAAGCUAAUGUCCAUUUGUUCCUGAAAAACUGUGGAGGGGGGGGUAAAGGUUUAACAGGGCUUGUGGAGAAGUUUUCCUUAUUUCUGUCCAUGUCACAGGGCAGAGCAGGUAUUUGGGGCCUGUUGGCUGUGAUACCUUUGGUCCCUGAUUCCUCGUUGUUGUUACAGCUAGAGGGAGACCACCACAGGGUGAGGUGGUUCAGACUCACCUCUCCUGUUUGGGGCCAUCUCUCCUGCCUUUCUGCCCAGCAAGAUCCUGUGUGGACGUAUCCUCAGCAGAAUCCUGCCAGCUCCACACACCCAGUGAGAGCUCUGUAGCUCGACAGAGCCCAUCAAGUAUCUGCUAUAUCAUUACGAGGAGAUAAUAACUUACUUCCCCCCAUUCCAGUUCCUUCUUGAUAGAUGAGAUUUGUACAGCAGAGCAAAUUGCAGCAUUAGCAACACCCAUGUCCUACCCGGGAGGGAGAUGCAUUUCCCAGGACACGUCCUGCUCUGGUGUGCACCACACUGGAGAUGCUGAUUGCUGGUGAUUCCUUGUUUUCUCUGUGAAAGUAAAACAUGGAGGAGGAAAGAUGUAUCUGCAGAGUGUCAUUUGAAGCAAUUUGCUGGAAAAUAAAACCUUCUUGUGCUUGAAAAUA